AGCUCGCCCCGCCCUGGGUGGUCGCCUUCCAGCUCCACUUGGGUCUAUGGAGGAAAAACUGAACGCUAAACCUGCGAUUCCGAUGGCCGCAGCUGCCUGCAGCACCAAGACCAUGUCCCUCUUCAAGCGGACCUUUGCACUGAGCCCCGCCGCGGCGCCUCGCGGUGCGGGCCCAGGGACUCCUCCGCGGGGCUGCCCCUACCCUCCCUUCUCCUGGCCCUCCAAGGACUGGCUGCGGGGAGAGGGCGUCUGUAGCCGGCUCCGGAGUCCGACCACGGCCCGACGCUUGUCUCUGUCCCAUUCCUGCUCCUCGACUUCUUCCACCUCAGCGUGUCUUCUCUGCCCACAGGACUCGCUCAGCAGCAGCUUGAAAACUUGCUACAAGUAUCUCAAUCAGACCAGUCGCAGUUUCGCAGCUGUUAUCCAGGGGCUGGAUGGGGAUAUGCGCCAUGCAGUAUGCAUAUUUUAUUUGGUUCUCAGAGCUCUGGACACUAUUGAAGAUGAUAUGACCAUUAGUGUGGAAAAAAAGGUCCCAAUAUUACACAACUUUCACUCUUACCUUUAUGAACCAGAUUGGCGGUUCAUGGAGAGCAAGGAGAAGAAUCGACAAGUGCUAGAGGAUUUUCCAACGAUCUCCCUUGAGUUUAGAAAUCUGGCCGAAAAAUAUCAAACUGUGAUUGUUGACAUUUGCCGGAAGAUGGGAUUUGGGAUGGCAGAGUUUGUGGAUAAGCGUGUGACCUCUGAACAGGAGUGGGAGAAGUACUGUCACUAUGUUGCCGGACUGGUGGGAAUUGGCCUUUCCCGUCUCUUCUCGGCUUCAGAGUUAGAAGACCCUGUGGUUGGUGAAGACACAGAGCUUGCCAACUCUAUGGGCCUGUUUCUGCAGAAAACAAACAUCAUUCGUGAUUAUCUGGAAGACCAGCAAGAAGGAAGAGAGUUUUGGCCUCAAGAGGUUUGGAGCAGGUAUGUUAAGAAGCUGAGCGAUUUCGCUAAACCAGAGAACAUUGACUUGGCUGUCCACUGCCUGAAUGAACUUAUAACCAAUGCUUUACAACACAUCCCAGAUGUCAUCACCUAUCUUUCAAGACUGAGAAACCAAAGUGUGUUUAAUUUUUGUGCUAUUCCACAGGUAAUGGCCAUUGCUACAUUGGCUGCCUGUUACAAUAAUCAACAGGUAUUCAAAGGUGUCGUGAAGAUUCGAAAAGGGCAAGCAGUAGCACUAAUGAUGGAUGCUAACAAUAUGCCAGCUGUCAAAGCUAUGAUAUAUCAGUAUAUGGAGGAGAUUUAUCAUAGAAUCCCCAACUCAGACCCAUUGUCUAAUAAAACAAGACAUAUCAUCUCCACUAUCAGGACACAGAAUCUUCCCAGCUGUCAGCUCAUCUCCCGAAGCCACUACUCUCCCAUUUACCUGUCAUUUGUCAUGCUCUUGGCUGCCCUGAGCUGGCAGUAUCUGAGCACCCUGUCCCAGGUCACAGAAGACUAUGUUCAGACUGGAGAACACUGAUUUGGAAUUUGUCUGGAAGCUAAAGUUAACUAAGAAAUGGAUUUACCUUUUCUGCAAGGAUGGAUAUUGGCUUCUUUUUUUCCCUUCCUGUUUUGAUCCCUAAAAGAACGCUGUGUGGCUUAGACCUUUAGAAAACUGAAAUGCAGUUGAGAUACAUUAAAAAAAAAAAGGA